AUGGAUGAAAGUGAGAUAUCAAUGGAAGAAGAAUUUAGUGGUGGUGAAUCAUCACAAAUUCGACGACAAAAUGUCGAAGAUGAAGAUUCACCUUGGCCAGUAACAAGACAACAGUAUAGACUAGAAGAAAUUAUUGGAAAUGGUUCAACAUCAAUCGUUUAUAGGGGUAUUUGCACAGAGCGAAAUGAAAUAUGCGCAAUUAAACGCGUCGAUUUAGAAAAUUAUAGUUUAUCGCAGUUAGGAAGAGAAAUUAGGGGAUUAAAGGAAUGUAGACAUUCCAAUAUUGUCAGGUAUUACACGUCUUUUUACGUGGGACAAAAUUUAUGGAUAGUGAUGCAAUUGCUUGAUCGUGGAAGUUUGCGUCAAAUUAUGGAUCGUUUAAUUAUGUCAUUGGGUGGACGUUUUGCGCUUAACAGAGGUUUGCUAACACAGCCUGUAAUUGCUACAAUAUUAAAGGAAAUUUUAGCUGGACUAGAAUAUAUUCAUGAUAGUAAGCUUGUUCACGGUGAUAUUAAGGCUUCAAAUAUACUAAUUUCAUCCGAAGGAAAUGUCCAACUUGCCGAUUUCGGUCCUUCAAUUUGGGUGGAAAAUGAAGAGAGGACAAGGAAAAAUAUGCCGGGAACAGUAUGUUAUUUAGCCCCUGAAAUAGCUGUUUUAGAAUCGAAUGAUGUGAAAAAUGAUGCUUACACACUUUAUGUUGAUAUUUGGAGUUUAGGUAUAACAACGUUAGAAAUGGCAGCUGGUUAUCCACCAUAUCAUAACAAAGUAACUAGUAUGACAUUAAAAUGGAUUCGAAAAAAUGAUCCACCAAAUUUGGACACAUAUGAGGAGCGUGAUUAUAGUGAAUAUGGAAAAAAGUAUCGUCACUUUGUUUCAUCAUGUUUAAAGAAGAAUGCAAAACAACGUUGGACAGCAAAAAAACUUAUCACUCAUCCAUUUAUCACUACUACAGCACAAAGCAGUGAAUAUCUUACACAUACCUUUCUUGAAGGUUCUCAAUCUCUUCCAACAACAUCAGACGAUAAACAAAGGGCAAUCUCAAGACAACUUCCACCAAUUGUUGAUGUUAAUGAAAAUGUGGAAAACGUGCCAGUCGAUGCUGGGUGGGAUUAUGACAUUGAAGUAGAAGAGGAACCACGCAUCAAUCGGAUAAACAAAACACCUAGUCACCCACCAGUAAGAAUUCCACCAAGUGCAGAAUUAUCGAUGACCGUAAGUAUUAUACGAUAUGAAGAAAAGGAAGAUGAAUCAGAGAGGGUUAUAAUGGCGACAGAAUUAUUGUACACCUGCAGAAAUUCGAUUGAAGAGCAAGUUUUCCAACUUGUUAAAGAGCGAAAACUGGAACCCAAAUAUUUGGUGCUUGUUGCGGCAAAUCUCUGUAAAGUUACUACUGCUGCACAACGUCAGGAUCUUGGAGGAAAACAUUUCGCGUUUGUUAUUGAGCAGAACAAUCAAUCUGUAACAGUUCUCGAAAUCUGCAUCACUGUUUGGUAUUACACUACAGACCAUCAUCACCAUCAUCAACAUUAUCAUCAUUAUCAACAACAACGUCUACGACAACGACAACGACAAUGGCAAGAACAACAACAACAACAGCAACGACAACAACGACAACAGCAACAACAACAACAAUUAUUACUACUACAACAAGAGCAACAACAACAACAACAAGAGCAACAACAAUAG